AUGUCAACGUUCCAGGAAAUUGGAGUAGCUUCCUGGCUAAGGGAUCAGUUCAAAAUCCUCAACGUUCAUCGGCCCACUCCAGUCCAAGCAAGCUGUAUUCCCGAAAUCCUCAAAGGCCGAGAUGUUUUGGGUUGUGCCAAGACUGGUACUGGUAAAACCAUCGCAUUUGCUGCUCCAAUACUUCAGGAUGUAAGGUCUGAUUUUAAUUUAUAUUUUUCUUUGUUUAGUUGGCGGUGGAUCCUUAUGGAAUCUUCGCGUUGGUAAUUGCACCUACCAGAGAAUUGGUCUUUCAAAUUGCCGAUCAGUUUGCUGUGUUAGGGAAGCCGAUCAACUUGAAGACCUCGAUAAUUACCGGUGGAAGGAUGCAGAUAGAUCAGGCUCAACAUUUGACAAGGUAAAUGUGGUUUCUGAUGUUAUACUUAACAUCAUAUUUCAACUUACCUAUUCUUUGAUUUGAUCUACAAAGGAAUUAUUUUGCAGGCGUCCACACAUUGUUAUUGCUUCUCCCGGCCGGCUGGCCGAUCAUUUACGCAGUGAACCGGACGGAAUUGGGCGUUUAUUCCAGAAGAUCAAGUAUCUUGUCUUAGAUGAAGCCGAUCAGCUGUUGGAUGGCCAAUAUGCAGUUGAUGUGGGUUAAUCUUUUUUGUUUGAUUCUGGUUUUAGUUGAAACAAAUUAUGGAUCAUCUGCCUAAAAAGCGACAAACUUUGUUAUUCAGUGCAACAAUUACUUCGGCCAUCAAAAAGUUGAAAGAGGUUGGUUCAUAUUCAUUUAAUCAUAAACGUAGUCUUCAUACAUUUCAAGACAUCUUCUAACUACGUUGCUUUUUAUUUCUUUUAUGUUCGAUAUUAUUUUAUAUUGUUUUAGGUAUCUUGUAACAAACCUUUCUUUUUCAACGAGAUGAAUGAAACAGUGACUGCAGAUCGACUUCAACAGCUCUAUGUACUGACUCCACUGGGUACAAAAGACGCGUUUGUUGUUCAUGUGAUCAAAACAUUAUUUGUGGCUACUCCAAACACCUCAAUUAUUGUAUUUGUGAAGACUUGUAAGCAAUGCCAGACAAUGGGAAUGCUACUAAAAGGUCUUGGGUUUGAAGUAAGUCGUCUUUUAUUUUUAUUUUUCCGUUUUUAGAUUGCGAAGGGCACCAGUUUUGAACGACUUUCAUAACCUUAUUUUAGGCCGUUUCUCUCCAUUCUGGUUUGAUGCAGGAGCAACGUCUCUUUGCUCUCUCCAAAUUCAGAUCAGCCCAAGCCAAGGUACUAGUUUGUACAGAUGUUGCCUCAAGAGGUUUGGAUAUCCCUCAAGUGGACGUUGUCAUCAAUUAUAAUGUCCCCGAAGUCCCUAAAACUUACGUUCAUAGGGUUGGAAGAGCUGCUAGAGCUGACAGAUUCGGCUCUGCGAUAACGUUUGUCACUCAAUAUGACUUGGCGUAAGUGUUUGAUACAAUUUUACCUUGAUUUUUAGAUAUAAACAUUGGUUUUGAGAAACCGUGCCUAGUAUACUAUUACGCAAUAAAAAUCUUCGUUUUCAGAGAAUUAGCCGCCAUUGAAGAGCAUAUCAAAGUGAAGCUGGCCCAAUUACCGGUUAAAGAGAAGUCAGUAGCUGAAGAUGUAGUAAAUGUAAUGGUUUUAAAAAGAGAAAUUGAGAUCAGAGUUGAUAAAAGAUGGAAGGAAGUGGAUGAAAAGAAGAUGACUUAUCGAAAAAAGAAGCUGAUGGAACAAGGAAUAAGUGAUGAGGUGAUCAAGGAGAUUCUGGAAAAGAAGAAGGAUAAAAGGAGCAAAAUUACUCAGAAAAAACCAAAAAAUAAAAAAAAGAAAGUCAUCAAAAAGGUAAGGAUACGGUAAUUUUUUUUGAUUUCUUGAUUAGAAAAGUUGUAAUAUGAGGCUGUUUAAUUACAGAAAAGUAAGGCAGCCACUGCGGCAGAGACGUGA